AUGGAGAAAAUGGUUGCCGAUAUCCUUUUACAAGCACUCUUGAUCCUGAUAGGAAUAUUCGGCUACCUCUAUGUUCACGAAAUCCCUCAAAAAGCUCUAGCCAAAUUCCGCGAGUAUCGCAGUCGUCCCGGCGUUGAAGCUAAGCGCCACUUUGUCCUCGGCGCUCGGACCCUGUCGCUAGCUAGAUCUCCUGAUAACUCUCACUCUACUACUAUCUCCUUAGCCAAAAAGGCUGAAGAUGAAGCAGACAAAGCCAUCUCGCUCGAUCCCAAAGACGCCGCUGUUCAUAUACUGAAAGCUUUAUCUCUGGAUCUACAGGGAUUUAAGUCCUCCGCGCUUGACUCGCUCGAUGUGGCUCUAUCGCCGCUCGCCGUGAAGUCGUUGACCGAGAGUGAGAAAGGAGAUGCGCUGUUCAAGAGAGCUGAGUUGGUGGUCGGGACGAAUCGGAGCGAGCGGGUUGAUGCAGCGAUUCAGGAUUUGACUCAGGCUGUGAAAUUGAAUAAGGAGAACGCGAAUGCGUUCCGUUUAUUAGGUGAGUGCUAUGAGGCGAAGAAGAUGGAAGAGGAAGCUAAAAGUGCCUAUGAGGAAGCUUUGAAGUUGCAGCCUGAAAUGGCUUCAGCUAAAGCUGCCCUUGAACGGUUGACGAGUUCCGAGUAA